ACGUGAACGCAGCACACUCUCCUGUGACUGUCAUGGCGUCCUCCAUGAAGGGGGUUUGGUGGUAGUGACGUUAGCCACUGUUAGGGCCCCGUUUUCCCGGCGAGCAGAGUCGCGUACCACGUGCCACAAAGGUUUGAAGAGACGUCCGGUUGCCAUGGGAGCCGUUCACGCAAAAAGUAUGGAUCCCCUCCCGAUGCACGGCAAGGAUCUUGGAGUCAACCCUGAUGACCUGAUGGAGCAUCCAGAACCGGAACCAGAUGCCAAGCAGGAGAUCUUAGAAAAUAAAGAUGUGGUCGUCCAGCAUGUCAACAUCCAGGGUUUGGGGAGAACCAAAGAAGAUUUGCUCGGUUAUGAGAUCUCUGACGUCUUUAAUGCCAAAAAUCUCAUUGACGUCAUGAAAAAAGCUCACAUUGCAAGACAGAGGCUUCUCCGACUGGGAAUCUUCAAAGAGGUGGAGGUCCUCAUUGAUACAUCUGAGGGUGCGGACGCUUUACCCAAUGGUUUAGAUGUGACUUUUGAGGUGAACGAAAUCAAGCGUCUGACAGGAAGUUACAACACAAUGGUUGGGAACAACGAAGGAAGCAUGGUUCUGGGUCUGAAGCUGCCAAACAUGAUUGGCCGGGCGGAGAAGCUCACUUUCCAGUUCUCCUACGGUACAAAAGAGACAUCCUACGGCCUGUCCUUCUUCAAGCCCCAGCCAGGAUACUUUGAACGCAACCUCACUCUCAAUAUGUACAAAGUCACUGGUCAGUUUCCAUGGAGCUCCUUAAAGGAGACUGACCGCGGCGUGUCGGCGGAAUUCAAUUUUCCUGUGGGGCCAACCGGCCACAUGCUGAAGUGGGAGGGUGUGUGGAGGGAACUGGGCUGCCUGGCUCGCAGCGCCUCCUUUGCUGUGCGCGAGGAGAGCGGGCACUCGCUGAAGUCUGCCCUCUCGCACACAAUGUCAAUCGACUCAAGAAAUUCUGCCAUCUUCCCGAGCAGUGGGGCCUUACUUCGCAUCAACCAGGAGCUGGCUGGCUUCACAGGAGGAGACGCCAGCUUCUUCAAAGAGGAUUUUGAGUUGCAGCUGAACAGGCGGCUUUUCUGGGAUUCCGUCUUGUCUGCCUCUCUGUGGGGUGGAAUGCUGUUUCCCAUUGAAGGAAAACCUUCCUGCAUCGCUGACAGGUUCUACCUUGGAGGCCCCACAAGUGUGCGAGGCUUUGGGAUGUACAGCAUUGGGCCUCAGAGUGAAGGUGACUAUUUGGGUGGGGAGGCAUACUGGGCUGGCGGCCUGCACCUCUAUACUCCACUUCCCUUCAGGCCAGGGAGAGGAGGCUUCGGAGAUCUUUUCAGAACACACUUCUUUCUGAAUGCCGGUAACCUAUGCAACCUGAACUAUGGUGAGGGUCCUCGAGCACACCUUCAAAAGUUAGCAGAGUGUAUUCGCUGGUCAUAUGGAGCAGGCAUUGUGCUGCGCCUCGGAAACAUCGCCAGACUGGAACUCAACUACUGCAUCCCCAUGGGGGUUCAGAGUGGAGAUCGGAUAUGUGACGGUGUCCAGUUUGGAGCAGGAAUUCGUUUUCUGUGAUCUCCUCACAUCCCUGACCUCACUGUUCACUCUCAAGUCAAAGCAAAAAAGGGAGAACUCUGUCACCGUUGUUCACUCUGAACCUGUUGUAGAAUCUAAAAGAAAAGCAUGGGCCUGGGUGGCAGUAAAAUGAGCUGAUGUCCCUAUGUCUUUUAUUUUCUCCAUUUAGGCUUUGAGAAAACAAACCUCCAGGGUCACAGUAAUAGAUCUAACCUGAGAGAGGAGCCAUAAACUCCCUCUUUGUGUCCGCUCUGGCCUUUCUUUGUUGUGAUUAGUGUUGGCACUUUGUUCCCUGUAGCAGCACCAAGGUAUUUAUUAUACUGGAAGAUAUGGUUGUUCCCCUGUUGGUCUACCUGAAGUUGAAAAUUUUUGUGGCCUUGACCAAUCACGUUGCACGUAAAGAAUUUAGUUUUUGAAGUGUGAAUAACUGACUCCUGUGCCAGAAGGGGGAGAUAACAAACCAGCACUUUUCCACCCAAACUACACAAAGGUUGAAGAAGAUGCUGUCUCAGGCAAACCCUGAACACCUUCCACCACCAGUCUUCUUACUGUAUCUCCUCUGUUGGUGUUGUCAAAAAGAUUUUCAUUAAUAAAUUCCAGCUGCCCCCUCUGUC